UCGAUGCAGUGUGAAAUAACACGAUUGAACUCGUAGCCCAUUGAGAACAUUCGAACAUGGUUAAAAGGUUUUUAUUAUCUUUUAUUAUCGUCAUCAUAAUACAGAUGUGUCCGACAAUGUGCCAUCUGCUUUCCCAUGGUAGUAGUAUCCCCAAAGCAACCAUAACGCCAUCUAUCUUAUCCAUCAUCUCCCAAGUUCAAUUACUACACAUUCGAAAAAUCCUCUGCCCAGAUCAUUCUAAUCCGAUGAUAUUUCAAGCGGACUUCUUCCCUACAUUAGCAGCCACAUCAUGAUGACCCUUGUGAUCCACAUUGAUAUGCGACUGCUGCGAACCGAGUCUCAAUUCCCAUCUUGUAAUCCUCUAGGGUGAUCAGUCCCGGAGGUUGGAGCGCCGAUUAUAUCACCAUGUGUGAUGUCAGUGGAAGGCGAUGUCGCGCAUGCGCUUUGCGCA